AGCAUUUUGUGACACAUUCAUUCCAUCUGACUGCUGUAAAACACUUAAAAGAUCCCCUCAUAAUUACGCACUCACAUUAUCAACACACGCGCAGCUGACCAUCACCAAACACCUUGAUCUGGACACCAAGAACUAUGGCAUGGACUGCUAGAUUACUCACCAUUGCUGUUUUGAUCGCCCUAAUGGGAUGCUUUACUGGAGCACAAGCCAACUAUCGUCGCCCCACUCGAGUUGGAGUAACAUGCUGUAAGGAAGUGUCCAGGGGAAGAAUCCCUCCUGAUAUUAAACUGACUGCGUACAAGCAUCAGCCUGCUCUGAGUCCAUGUGUUGAUGCUAUAAUCUUCUACGCAGAGAAGGAAAGGUACUGCACUGACCCAAAAGCACGCUGGAUUCAAAACCGACUGCAAGGUCUGAAAGAAUUGAAUGACUGAGUUAAUGAAGGCCUUGAAGAUGCUGCAAAACUGUCUAUAUAUCAUUCCUAGAUCUUUAUCUAUGCAUUUUUUAUUAUUUAUGCCAAAAAGCAUUGUUACAUUAUUUAGCUUUAUUAAAAGAUUAGUUUACGUAAUUGCUUUGUUUUGACUGUUUUAAAAUUACAUGUAAUUUUUGCUAAUUAACAAUUUAAGUUCUGCUUAUUUCAGACAAAUAUCCAACCUUCCCUCUGUAUCAUAUUUAAGCUGAUUUAAUAAAUAAACAGUUCACAUUUUA